UAACAUUAAGUCGUCAUAACCCUGUCUUGACAACAAAUACAUUACAUUAAUGAGAUGACAGUCAGAAAAAAACAAAGACAUAAAUUAUAAUAGUUUUCAUGUUUGGUUGGCUAAUUUGUAUUUCGUUUUAAUCAUGAUAAAUGUUGUAAUGGAAGAAAGAAUUUAUUUCAUCGUGUUGAUAAUUUUCUUACGAUUCCAUGUGAUAACAGGAGCAGGAGGUAGAGGUGCAUACUCACACAUGAAGUACUGUGAAUCCAAGCUUUAUAAUCCCCGGUAUCAGACUUGCUGUGACGGCGCGAUAACUGUCCCUGGAGGAGGAUGGCCAUGUUGCAAAACAGAGGUUUAUAACCCAGAAAAUGCGGUCUGCUGUGGAGGUAAAAUUCGUUAUAAGAAAGGUGCGUCCUGCUGCAAGGACGAGGCAUAUAAUCCGGAAUAUGAAACAUGCUGCGAUGAAAAGAUAUAUCCAGUAAAGAACGGAAAUUGCUGCGGUGAGAAACUUUAUGACCCAAGGACAGAGAAAUGUUGUGACGGAUCAAUUAAUGAUAAAGUAGAAUCCUUUUACCAGUGUUGCUCAGACAAGGCAUACAAUCCUUUUCAUGCAACAUGUUGUUCCGGUAAACUUUAUUCAGAAAGGGGUCUAGAGUGUUGUGGACACAAAAUUUACAAUCCUUCGUAUGAAUCAUGUUGUUCCGGUAAUCUGUAUUCACAAAGAGGAAUUCAGUGCUGUGGAGACACAACUUACAGUCCUUUGUAUGGAACAUGUUGUUCUGGCAAACUGUAUCCACACAGUGGACUACAGUGUUGUGGAGAAUCUAGUUACAGUCCUUCGCAUCAAACCUGUUGUUCCGGUAAACUGUAUUCAAUAGGAGGAUUAGAGUGUAAAAGUUGUGGAGGCGAGAGUUAUAGCCCUUUACAUCAAACAUGUUGUUCCGGUAAACUGUAUUCAGAAAGAGGAAUAGAGUGUUGUGGAGACAGGGUUUACAGUAUUUUGCAUCAAACAUGUUGCAACGGAAUUGUUUCUGAACCUAGUGGUUUAUCAUGUUGUGGUACACAGUCAUAUGACUCUUCUACACAGUCAUGCUGCAAUGGCAAGCUCUCAUACUCUUUAUGUUCCACAGGCAUGCAGCCAAGGAGACAAUAUAGGGAAAUGUUUAGCAGAUUUUCUCCAUUGUUGAUUUUCUGACUUAGGAAUAGUUUUAUUUUACAAUAUACAGUUGCUGUUAACUUAGGACUAGUCUCAUUUUACAAUAUACAGAUGCGGUUAUUUGCUUGAUAACAUGUUAAUGUAUAUGUUAGUAAAACCUGUAUUUAUUUUCAAAUAUUUAUUAGAAUUAACAUUUCACAUACACAUUGAUAGAUCAUUUUUAAGAGCUACAUGAAAAAGAUAAAGAAAAAUAAUAAUUUCAUAACGAUUGUAUAAAGUUUUUAAGUUAUAUCAAAUUAUGAAUUAUGAAUACCCUAUGACGGGUAUUUAAGUUAUCUCAUGGAAUGACUUUGGAUCGAGUAUCUUGUUCUACCAAAGUUAUGAAAAGAAUAAAAACAGUCUCCGUGCAUUGAUCGAUUCUGUUCCAGAAAUAUUUUCUUAAGUAAACCGUGGUAUAAGUGUAGGAGUUUGAAAUAGGUUGAUAGUGGAUACUGACAUUAUUAAACCAAGAGUUCCAAAUGGUGAAGUUGAAAU